GGCACAGGAUUAAGACUGGCCAAACUAAGUGAACAACGAAAGCAAGGGUGGGGGGGCAGAUCUUUGCCCCUACUUCGGAACCAGGAAGUGGAGCGCUCGCUCUUUUCCAGCCUCACGGACCAGAAAUUUCCAGGGAGUGGCUGAGCAAGAGGCUCCUGAACUUCCUUUCGCAUUUCAAAUCGGAAAUAGGUUUCCCGUGACACGGAAGCCCACCAGCACAACUGGGGAAUUUCCUUCUCCCUAAACCGGACCAGACCGCAGAGGACCGGCGAGGACCAGUGAGGACCGGCGGGGACCGCAGAGGGCAGGGUCCUCCCCGCUCUUCCGGGGUUUCCUGCGCCAAUCGGAACUGGGGCGGAGCCGCCAGAGCGCGCCCCUCGCGAUUGGGCGGCGCUGCUGUCGCUCAGCGCUCCCGAACGGAAGGGGCCGGGCGCCGCUCACCGCGGGGUCCCGGAGCCUCCAGGCGGGUGGGAGGGGCGGGAGCGAAAGUUGCAGGUUUGGGAUCCGGCGGCCGGGGCGAUGGAGCUGGGUCCCGCCGCGUCCCCCGGGCCUUCCCGCUCCUUCAAGGAGGAGCUGCUCUGUGCCGUCUGCUACGACCCCUUCCGCGACGCCGUGACUCUGCGCUGCGGCCACAACUUCUGCCGCGGGUGCGUGACCCGCUGCUGGGAGGUGCAGGUGGCGCCCACCUGCCCAGUGUGCAAGGACCGCGCGGCCCUCGCAGACCUGCGCACCAACCACACCCUCAACAACCUGGUAGAGAAGCUGCUGCGUGAGGAAGCCGAGGGCGCGCGCUGGGCGGGCCACCGCUCCCCGCGCCUCUGCCGCCCGCACCGCGGCCAGUUCAGCCUCUUCUGCCUCGACGAUAAGGAGCUGCUGUGCUGCUCGUGCCAGGCCGAUCCCCGGCACCAGGGGCACCGCGUGCAGCCAGUGAAAGACACUGCCCACGACUUUCGGGCCAAGUGCAGGAACAUGGAGCACGCGCUGCGGGAGAAAGCCAAGGCCUUCUGGGCCAUGAGGCGAUCCUACGAGGCCAUUGCCAAGCACAAUCAGGUGGAGGCUGCCUGGCUGGAAGGGCGAAUCCGGCAGGAGUUCGACAAACUUCGCGAGUUCCUGCGAGUGGAGGAGCAAGCCAUCCUGGACACCAUGGCCGAGGAGGCGAGGCAGAAGCAGCGUCUGGUGGAGGAGAAGAUGAAGCGGCUGGCGGAAGACACCGAAGCCCUGGCCCAUGAGAUUGAGCGGCUACAGGUGGAGAUGAAGGAGGAUGAUGUUUCUUUUCUCAUGAAACACAAAAGCCGAAAACGCCGCCUCUUCUGCACCAUGGAGCCAGAACCGGUCCAGCCCGGCAUGCUCAUCGACAUCUGCAAAUAUCUGGACUCCCUGCAGUACCACGUCUGGCGGAAGAUGGUCACAUCUGUUGAAUCUGUGCCCUUCAGCUUUGAUCCCAACACCGCGGCCGGCUGGCUCUCUGUGUCCGAUGACCUCACCAGCGUCACCAACCACGGCUACCGAGUGCAGGUGGAGAACCCGGAGCGCUUCUCCUCGGCGCCCUGCCUGCUGGGCUCCCGCGUCUUCUCUCAGGGCUCCCACACCUGGGAGGUGGACCUGGGGGGGCUGCCGAGCUGGCGGGUGGGUGUGGUGCGGCUGCGCCAGGACGCCGGCGCCGAGGGCCACUCGCACAGCUGCUACCAUGACACCCGCUCUGGCUUCUGGUACGUGUGCCGCACGCAGGGGGUGGACGGGGACCACUGCGUGACCUCAGACCCGGCCACGUCACCUCUGGUCCCGGCUAUCCCUCGCCGCCUGCGCGUGGAGCUGGAGUGUGAGGAAGGCGAGCUGUCCUUCUACGACGCUGAGAGCCACUGCCACCUCUACACCUUCCACGCCCACUUCGGGGAGGUGCGGCCCUACUUCUACUUGGGGGGUGCGCGGGGGGAUGGGCCCCCCGAGCCUUUGCGCAUCUGCCCCCUGCGCAUCACUGUCAAGGAGGAGCUGGAUGGCUAAGGCCAGCCCGGAGCCUGCCCUGCGCCGCCUGGGACUUGGGUCAUGGUCCUGCUUCCUUUGUGUCCCUCUUCUCCAAGCCGUGCUCACCUCAGUACCUCUGAGCCGUCCGCCUCCUUGCCAGGGUCUGCCUGCUGACCAGUCCUGCCCUCUUCCUGUGGCUCCAGGCCCCACGCCACCUCCUUCGUUUCUGAAGUCAUCCAGGGGACACCUCACCCCCCGAGUCCUGGCCCCUGGAUGUGAGUUUUCUAACUCCGAAUUCCAGGAUGUCAGGGGAUGACGUUUGCUUCUAGAGGAGUGGGCCCGUUUUAGUAUGUGGGUUUUCUUAUCUGGGUAUGGUGAGGCUGCAAUGGGAAAGAGUUGGUUAUUUACAGUUCCCAAGAGGAGGGCGCCACCACGUGGGCUGGGGGAGCCACCAGGGAAGCACCAGGCCCCUUAGGAAGCAGAGGGAGUUGAGGAAGCACCAGGCAGGAGACUUUGUUGUGGUUUUAGUGACAGAACAGGCUUGGUGGCUCUGUCUGGGUAUAUGGGUUUGGGAUCUGCUGGUUGGAAUAAUUUUGGUGGACUCUGGGGCAGAGGGGCUGCCCCCAGUUGUCGGGGAUGACCAAGGCCGGGGGGGGGGGGGGGGGGGGGGGGGGGGGGGGGGGGGGGGGGGGGGGGGGGCGGGGAGGGGGCGGCCGAUGAUCAGGAGGGAAACAGUGGCCCAGCAUGUUAGAGCCCUGUGAGAGGUAAAGGAAGUGGUUGAGAGUUUAGUCCAAUAGCUCUGGAUUGGUUGGUUUGCAUAUGAAAGGCGUGCACCCAGGGGAGUUGAUUGCUUUCUCUGGGAAUUGGCUAGCCCUGGGAGGAGGGCCCCCCCCCCCCCCCCCCCCCCCCCCCCCGUGGUCAGAGUAUCAAGAAUACAGAAAAUAAGAAAAUGUAAUUCAUACAGUGCCGCUGCUAUGGCUUUGGGGCAGGACCCAGGCCCACGUUUGUCCCUUUAUACCAGUAGUUUAAAACUGCCCCACAGAACCCCCUCUCGUCCCCCCAGGGCAGAGGCAAGCCUGCUCGUCAGGUCAGCUCUGAUUUAUCUAUUUACACUCUUUGGACUGUGGCAAACACGAUUUUAAAAACCACAGUUUAGACCCGUGCCUGCUGUGGGCCUCAAUUCCCUCAUCUGUAAAUGAGGUAGGAGGAGUGGAAAAUUAUGUCGUGUGGUUACUGUGAAGGAAACAGUUCUGAUUCAUUCUUACAAAGUCAUGAGGAAGGAAGGAAAGAGGGGUCCUUUUCAGUGAGGAGGUAGGAAGGGAGGAUGCGGUCAGGGUGCGGGGGUCCUGGAGGGAGAAGGGCGGGAGCUACCUCGCUUGGCCUUUGCUGGCCUCAGCCUGCUCCUUCUCGCUCUCUUGCUCCCUGUGUUUUCAUCCUGAUUUUGUCUGCCUCUGCCCUGCCGUGCCUACGGACCUGUACCUCCACCUUUUCUUCCUCGCACCUGCCUAAAGAGUGUUUUUAAUUGUCAGCUCUCCUGUCCCAGGAAACAGCACGGUGAAAGGAAAUACUGGCCUGUAGGGGUGGUGGUGGUCUCAUCAGGAGCAUGUUCCCAACCGAGAACUCAGAUUCUUUCUCCUGCCCGUGCCCCCGGUAAACAGAAAAGGACAUUUAAAUGGAAAGGACGAUUCAAAACCAUGAAGUGGUUAUAAACGUGAUAUGUACAAUUGGUGGGGGGCACAGGGAAGGAUGCGGUAGGAGAUGCUACUGGGUGAAGGGGACCAGGUUGGAAGGUUGGCAGACUGGCAUGUGCACGUCCCAUCUGAAGGCAGUCAGGCUCAGGGAGCUCAAGGCACUUUGGCGGCCAACACAUCUGAGACCAGUGUGCAUUCUCUAAAGUAUUAAUCUAGCCCAUCGAAUAGAAUCUCUAGGAUAAUCUUGACCUGGAAUUAUUUUGUUAGUUAUAGUAAACUUUUAAAAAUGUUUGUUAUUUCCAACUUAGAUAUUGGAAAGGGGUUUUUGAAUAGGAUAAUUUGGAUAGCCUGGACCUCUUUUUUUUUUUUUUUUAAAUAAAAAUGAUAUUUGAGCUAAAACCCACUUUUUCUUUUGACAUUUUCCUUUUGGUGUUCUUGUGAGCAAAAGUUCAUCCAUGUUGUAGCAUGUAUGUGACCUUAUUCCCUUUUAUGAUCAGGUAAUAUGCCAUUCUUCAGCUAGUGAACAUUUACAUUGUUUCCAUUUUUGGCCUUUACAAAUAAUGUGUGGACAUAUGUUUUGUGUGGACGUAUGUUUUCCAUGCUCUUGGGUUAUCUGUCUACCUAGGAGUGGGUUUGGUGGUGCAUGCGUGAACUCUCUUUAACCUUUUGAGGAACUGCUAGGCUAUUUUUCAAUGGAGCUGUGCCAUUUUGUAUAAUCCUCAGAGGCGCACAGGGGUUCUGUCGGUCCGUAUCCUUGUCAACACUUGUUAUUGUCUGUCUUUUAACUUAGCCAUCCUAUUGGGGGUGAAGUGAUACCUCAUUUUGGUUUUGAUUUACAUUUCCCUGAUGACUGAUGAUACUGAGCAUCUUUUCAUGUGCUUGUUCGCCAUUUUUGUAUUUUCCUAGGAGAACUGUCUUUAGAUCCUUUGCCUAUUUUUGACUGGGUUACUUGUCUUUGUAUCAUUGAAUUAUAAGAGUUCUUUAUACAUUCGGAAUACAGGUCCCUUAUCAGAUACAUGAUCUACAAAUUUUUUCUCCCUUUCUGUGGGUUGUCUUCACUUUCUUGCUGAUGCCCUUUGAAACACAGAAGCUUUUAACUUUGAUGAUGUCCAGUCUUACUUUUCCUCAUUACUUGUACAUCCUAGAAAUCUCCCUUUCAACACUGCCCUUAAGCCCAGGUACCCCAAUUUUUGGAUUUUGGCACAGGCAUGGGGCAGGUCACUUGUCGACAGAGAGCCCUAGUGCACAGGUUUCUUCUUCUUUUGAACCCUCUCCCACCCUUGCCUUCUACUCUUGCUCAUCCCCAUGUUAGUUUCCUCCUCAGUACUACAUUCAGGCUGAAGGCUGCAGUCCACUGGGCAGCCUCCCCUUCUCUGGCUCCUCCUACCUUCAGUUCAUCCCAUGUGUUGAUGCCAGAAGCAUCAGUCUCACCUCACCCAGGUGACCCCGCUCCUACCUGCCCCAGUAUGUUUCUCCAGGGUGCAAUUUGGAGUUCAUUACCCAGCUCCGCUUCUGUUACCUGGAGUUCCUGACCCCCCCCUCCCGUUCCCCCCCCUCCCCCGCGCCACCACACACAUGCAACUUCCAUCAGCCCAGGCUUCUCGUGACAUCUUCAGCCCCCUGCCUGGCUUCACACAGCUGGCUGGGUUGGUUGGUUGGUUGGUUGGUUGGUUGGUUGGUUGGUUGGUUGGUUGGUUAGUUGGUUGGUUUUUCAGCUGGCCAUUUUAAUUGGAUUGUCCUGGCAUCUGUUAUACUGCCAAUUCUGGUUACACUGGCCCCACCACAUACAUGCUCUAUCUUCCCGGGCACACUCUUUACUUUCCUGAGCUCUUGUCCUCAUCUGUAAAAAUGGGGAUCAUGCCCACCUCAUAAAGGUCUGAUAGAGCACGCCUGCGCGUGCUGUUGCACAGCGAGCACUUGGGGAUGGCAGCCGCUGGAAGCAUGCUUGCCAACACCAAAGGAGAUAACCUAAGAUACCCUCAUUGAUCUCCCUGGCUUCCUGUUCCUGUCAUGUCGACCACCAGUUAUUUUUAGGUCACAAUGUUAUUUUUAGUCACCUGGGCCCUCUCCUUCGUUGCUUCCUUAUGCUAGUGGAGGAUGACAUUUCCCUCAAUACAGUUUCAUCAUCUGUGUGUUGAUCAAAUAGUGCAAGUCUCUCAUGACCCCCGUGGUUUGUGGAGUGGCCGUGCCAGGGUCCUCAGCACAUGUGCCAUCCUGGGCUUCUCCUAGCUCCCCAGAGUGAUGCCUGAGAGCCCUCUGCAGCAGCUCCCGCCCCCUCUGCCUACCUUCUCCCCGCAGACUCCCAACCUUCCCGAGCCCCUGCGGACUUGUACGCCUCUGGGAGUGCUUCCUGUUGUUUCCUCGGGCCGCAGGGCCUGUUGCCCUCCUUCAUUUGCCUUCGGUUGUCCUGGGCUCGGUGCUACCUUCCAAGGUCUGCCCAGGGCUUCCCUGGCUGCCACCACAUGUUGGCGUAACCAGGAUUAUUGUAUUUAGACACUGGAGUUCAGGGAAGCUGUCCCUGAAAGCUCCACAUCUUUGGUAAGGAGAAAGCCUGGUACCUGAAAUCUAGGCUCCUGGAUACAGGUACCCACCAAAUGAUUUCUCAGCUAUCGGAACCUUUUGAACCACGGCGCUCUCAUCUAAAAUGAGGAUUAGAGGAUUAGGUUACCUACCUCAGACUGUCGUGGAGAUCAAAUGAGGUUUUUUUUGUUUUUUUUUUUUUUGGUACAAAUGCGAUAUAUCCUAAACAUAGGACAGCCCUAAUAAAUGUUGGCCAGUCUUUCAGGAAAUGGGAGAUUCUGAAUGUUGACAUAAUGAUGCACAUUAAUAAAUCCCAAAGGAAAUUGAGAAAUACAAGUUCUCGAUCUUGGGAGUGCUCAAAUUUCAUGAGAUUUUUUAACAAGGAUCUAUAUACAUACAGGAUAUAGGCUUAUGAAAAAUUUCAGCACCGUGGGAAAAUGGUUAUAUCAUAGUGACCGAGAAAAAUAGGGUUCAGAGUUAUACAUACAGACAUGCAACACACACAAAAAGACCGGCAGGAUCUUGUCUAUAAUUUGUGUGUAUUGUUUGAGUAGAUAAUCCAUUUACAUGGCUGUAAAUUUCAAAGGUACAUAGAACAGUCUCCCGCUUCUGCCCACAUACUCAGCUCCCCUCCUGUGGACAAUCCAUAUUACCAUUAAAAGAAAAAUCCUUCCAGAGAUAUUUAAUGCAUAGCACAUAUUCUGUUCAUGAGUAUAUUCUGGUUCUCCCAAUACAAUGUCACUUAGGAGCGUAUACUCCAGAUCGGUAUCCCUAAGCAACCCAACCAAGAGGAGAAUACCCCAAAUAAAGGAUGUUGUUAUUUUCCUGUCGUCAAGGGGGAGAUAAUGCCAUGGAUGUUUUCAUGUUUUCAGCCUAACUGGUGGAUUUAGCUUUUCCCUUGUGUUUAAAUAUUUCACGCUAGGGGCGCCUGGGUGGCUCAGUCGUUAAGCGUCUGCCUUCAGCUCAGGUCAUAGUCCCAGGGUCCUGGGAUUGAGCCCUGCAUCGGGCUCCCUGCUCAGCGGGAAGCCUGCUUCUCCCUCUCCCAUUCCCCCUGCUUGUAUUCCCUCUCUUGCUAUCUCUCUGUCAAAGAAAUAAAAUCCUUAAAAAACUAAAUAAAAUAAAUAUUUCACGCUAGGUUUUAAAACAGGGAACACUGGAAUUUAGUUGCUCCUGACAUUAGAAGAUAAACCUGAGACCUCAACACCGGUUUUUAAAAUUUCAAUCCUCAGAAAGGUCUCUAGGGACCUAAAUAGCCUAGUGGUUACCAGGUUGGGAUGUGGGAUUGGACAACCUGGUUCAAAGUCUUACCAUCCACUGUGUGACCUUGGGACAGUUACUUGACUUCUCAGUGCCUUAGCGUCAUCAUGUGAAAAAUGGAUAUAAAAUACCUCAAGGGCGUCAGAUGAGCUCAGUCGGUAGAGCGGGUGACUCUUGAUCCCGAGGUUGUGAGUUUGAGCCCCACAUUGGGUGUAGCAAUCGCUUAAAAACAUCUUUGUAAAAAAAAGAUACCUUAAGACAAAUGGAAAUAAUAAGCCACCUCAUAAGGUGGUUAUGGGACUACAGAAGCAAAUGUGUAAAACGCUUAGGAUAGGUCUGGCAUGUACUCCGAGGUUGAGAGUUUACUGUUGUUUUCACCUGGUUCUGUUACGAAAUAACUGUGAGACUUAAGAGAAAACCGUUCAACUUGUCUUCUGUAAAAAGGGAAACUGGGUCACUUGCAUAAUUGUUUCAAGGCCUUUUCCGAUUCUAACGUCCUGUGAUGCACGAUCUGUGUCACUAGCUGAAGCCUAGUGUCCUGCACGUGGUAGAAACUGCUGCUGCAGGUGAAGUAUUUAAGGACCCGGGUGUGACACCAGGAGCUCUGCCUACGUUUUGAGUCUGGAAAAAGGACUAGAGUCAUAAUGUUUGCAGUGUAACCAAGGUUAUUACAGAGGGGGGCAGGUCUUGAAAAAUUACUGCUACAAACAGUAAUCAGUCACGCACAAUAAAACUAUUGUCCCGUU